UAAGAAGGAGAAAAAGAAUAAAUCUAGUAAGAAGUGCAACCAGCACGACCCGUCGCCGGACGAAGAACCUGACGAGGAAGAUAAAGCGCGCAGAAGAGGGGAGGGGAGUCCAGAAUCCGACGCAAGCCCAAACGGCGAUGGGGCUGGAGGAUCAGGUGUUGAAAAUGCCAGUUUCUCUGCGCGUGCGACGCACACGGCACUACUUGACGCCAGCGUAGCUUCCUCGAUCCAGCACGUGCAAGAAGAGCAGCAGUCGUUCUUUGCCACGGACGGCGAGCGGCACUUCUCCUCUACGUCCAGCAGGUCUAGCCAGGUGAAAUCUGAAACUUUCCUGCGUGGAGGCUUAGAAUACCACUGCCAGCUCGAUGCUAACUUUCAGGCGACGCGGAAAGCGGAGAAGGCGCGCGCUGCCAAGGCGAAGUUGCGAAAGCUCCUGAAAAGCCACGGGCUGGAGAAUGAGAAGACGCAUGCCUGGAUGACGGACGACCCGGAUAUUUACGACUACGCAGUUCGCGGCUCGGGCAAGUACAGCUACUUGUAUGUGCACUGCAAGAUGUGCAACAAACAAGCGCACCCAGGUGAGGAGCACCGCGAGUCUGAGAAGCACCUGAAAAAAUGGGAUCAGUACAAGACUUUCGGCGCCAGCCAGAUGGUGCUCUACCCGCUUGAUGCCCUCACGCCCGCGCGACUCGCACCGGUGCCAGAAGAUGGCGACUUACAGGAGCCAAGUGUCAGCUUUGACUUCCCCACCGCCGCAACGGUUGGUGCGUCGCUAGAUCUUUCUUCAUCUGGCAGACCGGCGCAGAGUACUUCUAUGCUCCAGUCGUACGCCGAACUUUCAUCGAUCAGCCACCUUGACGACGUCGCAUCCGCUAGCGGGGCGGGAAUAAACGCGAGGGCGGCAGCACCAACAGUGUCUCAAAGCGACAAGCCAGGAAUGAAAAAGACGAUCGACGUAACAAGUUCGCAGCAUAUGGACAACAUCAUCGAGGGCCACUCCUUGGACAUUCCGGACAAGGUACCGGGAAAAUUUUUCAAGGAGCCCGACGUCUUCAAGGUUCUGUUUGUGGACAACCACGGUGCAAAGUACUUCGAAGUCAAAUGCCAUUUGUGCCACAAUAAAAACUGCUGGCCGGAUGAAGAGCAUUUGUCAUCCGCCAUCCACCGCAAGCGAUACGCACACUGGAGUUUUCGAAAGGAGGCACAGGAUAGACCGCUGCGGAACAUCGACGUAUCUAUUGCUGCCACAGUUUCUUGCUUCGCAAUUUCUAACCUCCGUGUCUUCAAAGUUAGCGUGUGUGUGUGGUCGUUUUUACACGUGCAAGCCCACGUCUGGUUCUUCUUUCCAAACUCGCAGAUAGCCCGGCAAGGGACCUCCCUUAUAUGCAAGCCAGCUCCACCGCCACCGUUUGACGAAGUGCCGGACACUGUAGCUUCCAACCUAACCGCCGAGCAGCGUUCCGCCUUGAGACGAAGACUCCGUUCCGAGGAAGCCACUGCGCUGGAAAGUGCCGGCAGCGUCGACGGCACUACUGCGCGCGAGCACCAGGCCACUGAGUCUGCGUCGUCAGGCGGGAGGGCAACGCAACAGAGCCGCACGGAGCAACUCGAAUGGGACCCAGACUUCGCAACCAUGGACCCGGUACCCAAGGGUUUAGAUGAGUACUCACGCGCAAAGACAGAGCUGGACAAGCUUAAUAUGUUUUCGCCGUACAACUUCCGAAAACGCACCUACAACCUGAAAGCCUCCGCCGUUUUGGGACGUAAGUUUAUACUUUUUGACAUUUUUAUUUGCCUUUGCGACCUCGAUACAUUAAUAGGAACCAGCGGCCCCGCACUGCCUGGCGUAGUUCUCGGCUUUGCAGAACUCAUACUCGUUUCACCAUUGAGAAGCUAGGUCACGAAUUAGAAGAGGCCCCACUAAAAAUGUGCUGAAAGAGGCGAAGAUAAAAUCGACUGCAACUACCCAGGCGACCUCGACGAGGAGGAGUACCAAUUGAAGGACGAGGAGUGCCAACUGGAUCGAUUGGGCAGGCAUGCACCGCAAAUUUUGUGUUUCGCAGGUCUCCCGAUGACCGCACGCGGGCGGCAUUCUUCCGGAGCAAGCAGCUACGCGUCUGCCAAAACGUACCGGAUCACGCCCUCGAACCUGUCACGCCUCGGGGCCGCGCGGGAGUCGCAGGUGGCCGCCAGUCGCAGCAGCCAGGGCAAUCAUGCCGGGCCGUGGGAGAAGCAGGUGCUGGAGGAUCGGAUGUCCAUCUACUCCAGAGUAUCCACGAGCAAUAACAGCAUCCUGAAUAAAGCAGGGAACGUCAGCAAGACGUGGCAGGACCACCAGGCGAUCGCGCACCUUGCCGAGCGGCAGCCGAGGACGUAUAGCCACCCCAAGUACGCAUUCUGGUGCUACUCUGCCGGCAUUCCGGGGCGUCAGCUUCCCUACGAGUGGGUAAUCUUGAAACCCUCGAAAGAUAGCAAAAAAUGUGAGGACGGACUGACGCUUCACUGCCUCCUGUGCAACAUGACCCCGCGGGACGCCGUCAGCGAAGGGGUGAACCACACAUGCGACGGACCCAAGAACCACAGACAGCUGCUCGACAACUACAGGGCACACCGGGAGGAGGUGCGGCAGCGGCGCUGGGAAAUCAUCCGGAAGUACAGCCCGAAGUACUGGCAGCCUGGAUGGAGCACCGACAAAAUUGCGGAGCAAAGGAAAAGGGGGCUGUUUUCCGUCUACUGUACUCUCUGGCCAGAGGAGCAAUUUGCUGUACGCAUGGCCCUGAUGCAUGGGUGGGAGAGGCUGAAACAGUACAUCGAGGCCGGCACAUACACCCGGGAAGAGGUACAACUCCAGCAAUUCGAAUACACGGAAGUCGACCUGGCCGUCAUGUACAACAUUUACAAGGAGAUCGCUUUUGGCAGAAAGGCGGACGAAUGGAAGAAGUACGUCCCGGAAUCCGACAAGAUGACGGACGUAGACUCCGAGGAAGAAGCGGACGCCGCAGCUAUCGAGUUUAUGCUAGCUGAAAAGCAGCGGGACGAAAGCGCCGGCGGGAAUGUGGCGGGGUCGGAAGCUGGUGGAGGACACGUUCCGUUUCAGAGUGCCGCCACGACAGAUAAUUGCGGUAAGAAGGAGACGCUUCUGCCAAACGACGCAGAUGCAACUUCCGAUGAACCGCCGCGCGUGGAACUUCGGCCGAAAGAGAAGAAGGCGAAAAGCAAGAAAGAAGACGAUAGUCAGGACAAUCGUGACACGACCGCGGAGACGCGGCACGCCGAUGGGAAGAAGGACAAAAAGUCAAAAAAGGAAAGAAGAACCAGCGCGCCAGAGAACAAAAGUGGCAAUGUCGAAAGCGCUGCGGGAAGACGACAAGAGAAGAAGAGCGGCAAGAAGAAAAGGUCGUGCUCGAGCGAAAGUUUAAGAACAUCAUCGUCCCGCGCCGGUGCGUGAAGAUUUCACACACAGGACUUCCGUCGAGGCGGCCACUUCUUCCAUCGAUGUGGGUCGCGAGGUCCGAUCGAUCGUCAUUCCACUGAAUCAAUCCAGUUAAACUACAAGCGGAGGCGUGACUAGUGAACGCUGAUCGACGUUCGUUGUGCAGCCAAGCAGCUGCGAGCAUCGAAGUUCUUUGCGGCCAGUGAUGUCCUGCCACUAAGUAUCAAUCUAGAUGACGCAUGGGCAUCGCCGUCCUUAUGUGCGCCUUCUUUUACAUUCUCCGCUUACGUCAACGAAUGAUUGCACCACAGCGUCCUUGCGCGUAAGAGUCUCUCAUUUUUGCUCGGUGCGCGUGGCACGCGCACUAUCAAUGGUCCUGCUUCGACGUUUCGUCAUCGUGUAAUGAAAUCCGAAGGCCAGACCAAGAGAAUACUCGGCUGAAACGAAACAGACGCAAUAACGUUCAAAGGAGUCACGCAGCAUCGCCGCCGCGGGUUGGGGUAUCGAUCGAAUGCGGCAGAAGAUAGUGCCUC